UCAAAAUACUGUAAAAGAUUUGGGCAGCUCAUCAGUUGAACACAGAGGUUUGUGGUACACUGACUGCAGCUCUUCUCACUCCCGAGCACUGAUUAAACCAUCAUGCAGUUUCCCUGCAUCACUUUUUUUCUCUUCACUUCUAUCUUGACUUUAGGCCUCUCUAUAGGAUGGGCUAGAAGUGUAGACUUUAAGCUCACAGAACCACAAACGCCCAGACUUUCCAUGAUGAACACGUGCACCAGCUGCAGGAAGAUUGUACAGUUGUUGACGGAAAUCCUCUCCAAUCAAGACUCACAGCAUCUCUUCGAAAAAGCUUUGGACAAGGUUUGUUAUGAGCACCCUGUCAUCCCUUUGUGUUUGGAUGGAGCAAAGACGUACACACAUGUGAUCAUCAGACAUUUCAGUGCAUUUGCAAAUCAGAAUGGUGACGUAUGCGCAAUAUUGGGAUUGUGUGAGAGUCAGUCUAAGAGAAAAGCGCCAUCAGAGCUCACCGUUGACUUGAAUGAGCAUGGUUUGCUCUAUGCAAAACCCUCAAGAGGAACUAGUCAAGAGAUUCAAACCAAUCCCAUCUGUAACUUCUGUGUUUUCUUAAUAAAGACAAUAGAGAGCAUGUUGCCUAAAGAGAAAACUGAAGAAGCUAUUGUGAACCUUCUGGAUAAAAUCUGUGACUAUGUGCCUUCACAAUAUAAGGACACAUGUAACAACUUCAUAGAAAAGUAUGGAAAGCAGCUGGUCGAUCUGCUGUUGUCCUCUCUCUCCCCAAAAGCCAUCUGCUCUGCGCUGGGCCUGUGUCUUUUCCAAGAGACGCCACUGUCGUUAUCAGACUGUGAGUCCUGUAAGAUUCUUGCAGUCCUCUCCCAGUUUCAUUUGGGUCACAAUGCCACUGAGAUCCAGACCACUGACCUGCUCCAGAAGAUGUGCCACCUCCACCCCAACGCUAUUCCUCAAUGCGAGGGGUUCGUGAAGCUGCAUGGCCACAGACUCCUGAAGAACGAUGGAAAACAACCAGCCCUUACUGCAUGCGAGGAAGAUUACCUUUGCAAGUGACCCAAAUGAAAGCGAUCGUACUAAUAAGACUCAAAGAUCAGAAAAGCAACCUUUUUACUGUACUUAACCAAGCUUUCUCUAUCAACUGCCCUUGCCACACACAAAAUCAUGUCAAAUUUGACACAUCCAGUAAAAAUUGAGACAAUGACUGUUUAAUCGAUUUUGAACAUUUGACCCGAAAGGCUAUUUGUGUGUGUGUGUGUGUGUGUGUGUUAUAAAAUAAUAAUUUCCUUGAUUUUUUGUUCAAAUGAUGCAAGAAAUAAACUGUACAAAUA